CUUGCCAUCACCAGCGCUGAAGCAAGGUCACAUCGCCAUCAGAUUUGAAGCCGUUGAGGAGCUGAACGCUCGCGAGGGAGAGGACAAACACGAGGAGAGCUUGUGCGCGAAGGGUAGCACCGCUGUGUCUCUGUCGCGCCUUCAUCACUAUCGAAGCUGCACUUCGCGUCACCAUCGUUGUGCCUCCACCGAACCCGUCACACCGCUGCUGUUGCGAUGUCAUUACUCUCGCGAGGGAGAAGAGAUGCGUGAGGAAGGAAGCUCGCAGGGGAGAAAGAAGAGGCUGCCAGUGCCACCCGCUCUGUCACGUCUGAUCUCUGUUAUCACCGCGUCGUUGGCACCGAAGGUCCGCCGCCAUUGUUUCCAUCGCCUCCAUGCUUCAUGUUCAUCCUGCCAAUCAUUACUGUCUUUGUUCGGUAUUGCUGUCCUUAUCCGGAACCACCGAUGUCAUUGUUGUUGCUUCCCCAGAAGAACUGAGGUUACUGCUACUGUUCCGGCAGUACUAGCUAUUGUAAACUGGAAAGAGAAGGGGAUCGCCACAUUUAAAUUCAACGGUUUCGACUAACUGAGGUAG